AUGGGUGCAAUUAAUGCGACUGAUAAGAUUGUCGAGAUUUACAUCAAUGGUCAGCAAGCUGAGAGUCUGCAUAUGCGUUUGGGUAGGGCUGGUAGUGGAUAUUUUGUUGAUGAUGUUGAAUCGCUCUUUCUUGAUAGCGAUUCGGAUUGUCAGUCAGUUGGAGGAUUUUUUGGUUCAGAAAAGCCAAUUGUACGUGUACGUUCAGCUGAGGCUGUUAACGGCAAAAGUUUAAACCCACAUAAGCAUCGUCGACGUGUUAAAAAGUCGAGGAAAGACUUGCCGAUCGUCGAGACACAACCAAACUCAGGUGAAGAUGUCAAUUAUCAUUCCUCUUCUCCCACCUCUCCUGCAUACAUGUCGGAUAGUGAAAUGGGAAAUUGCUCCCUUGAACUGGCCGAAGUUUGUGACGAUAUGGAUUCAAGAAGUUAUGGUGGCAGUUCAAAUGUGGGGGAUAUUGUACAAGUUGCUGCUGCUGAUGCAGUCCCGCAGAGUUUUCAGGCUUCUGAUCAAAGAGGGGUUUACUUGGAAGAUCUUAUGACGUCGUCGAUUGACGAAAGCGUUAAACGAGCUUAUUUGUAUGUCAGAAAAUCCUGUGAACGCAUAAAUGAAGGUCGGAAGGUUACUGAUGCCGGGUACAAGUCAGAUUCAGAGAACGCUUCUUACCUGAAGUUUGAUUCUUCAACUAACUUGGAACUCAAAAUUUCAUUGUGUGGAGGUCUUUCUGCGGAUGGUCAAGUCGACCACGAUCACUUUUGCUCGCAUUUGGUGACAUUCGAAGAGUUUUCCAAAGAUCCUGCUGGCGUCAUUGCAGACCCCAACCUAGUCCUUCUAUUUAAUGGAAAAUUUUAUAAUUGGAAUACUGCUGCCCCUUUAAUAUUGAGUCGUGUUUGUUUUCAAGCUGAAUUACCUUAUGGCUCUAUUCUUCGACUUGAAGAAUCUUUUAUGCCUAAGAAACAGUCACGCCGCAGAGCUUGGUUCACAUGGGGCGCCAGUGGUUCAGAGCCACAGUCCACUGGAAGUAUGGAGACGAAAAAAACGUCCGCUGUUUCCUUGGGCGAGGGCUGCCAAGUUCUUCAACGUAGAAUUACUCUUACUUCAAGAGAAGUUGAGUGCCUUGGUCUAAGGCCAGGUGCGAAUAACGUUGAGUUUCGCAUAGUCACCAAGUAUCAGGGUACCGCUACCUGCACGGCACGAAUUUAUCUUUGGCGGUCGGACGAUAAAGUGGUUGUUUCCGACGUCGACGGAACUAUAACCCGUUCCGACCUUCUUGGCCACGUUCUUCCUGUACUGGGGCGUGAUUGGAGCCACGAAGGUGUCGCUGAAUUGUAUUCCAGAGCAGCUGACAACGGUUACAAAUUUAUUUACCUCUCUGCUAGAGCCAUCGGUGAAGCAAGCUUAACACGGAGUUAUAUUGAUCAGGUCUGUCAACGUGGUAAAUAUCGCCUUCCAAACGGACCGAUUCUUCUGUCGCCUACAUCCCUGCUUGAUGCAUUUCAUCGUGAAGUAAUCGCUCGAACGCCAGAGCUGUUCAAAAUUGAGUGUCUUAGAGAAGUUAAGGAACUGUUUGGACCAGACUCCAACCCUUUCUACGCUGCAUUUGGCAACCGCGUCAAUGAUGUGAAGGCCUAUGUUGAGUCUGGUUUUGAACUAGGUCGAAUUUAUACGGUAAACUCAGGAGGUGAACUUCGAAAUGAACGUCUGCCCUCCGUCAGCAAAUCUUUUGGUGACAUGGUCAACCUUGCUGACCACCUUUUCCCUUGUAUUUCAUCAAGAUUAGUCGAAUCGGAUGCAAUAGAACCCAACGGGGAUGCCUCAUCCAUUUGCAAUAUCCCCACUCCGGAUGUAGAUAUGUCUCUUUUUUCAUCUUUUUCUUAUUGGCGUGAAAUCAUUCCUUCCGAAACAUCGACCUGCUCCUAA